AUGUCACAAGCCCAGUUGAUCAGGAAACCUUGUCUUCCACUGAUGAAGGUACAUGGACCAGGACUAUUGAAGUAUGACCUCAGUAAAAUACCAGCAAAGUUGAGAAAAAGACGUGAUGCUGAUUCUGCAACCAAAUCACACAAGAGAAGGAAGCACAAAGAUAGACUUCUUGUCAACAAGAAGAAAGUCGGGGUCCUUCUUAAGACCUAUUGUGAUGGAACAGACUUACUGGAUGAGAACCUGUCCAAGGCUAUGACAAAGGUGUUAUCAGUUGUUUCCCCACAGAGAGCCUAUUUAGAUACUUCUGAAAACACCGCUGAAAACACUGCCUACUUCCCAGCCCUGCAGAGAGUUAGGCCAAGAGGGAACAUCAAAGCAGACAAGGCCAGAGAGGAUUAUGAGAAAUGUUCCAAAGAUUCCACCAGACACCCUUACUUGUUGCCUAGCAUAUUCACAGUAUUUUGUGAACAUGGUAUAUGCUAUGGUUUCCAUAUUAUGGAGAAUAAUGAAUCCCCACACGUUCCUUUUACUUUUAUGGAGAUGGUGUGGAUUCAUUAUCAAGGAUCAUUUGUUCUCAUAAUUUCAGCACCAUCCACAAUCAUAUAUGACAAUGCCUGUAAUCUGCAUGCAUACUGCCUGAACAGAGACCCAGUUUUCAUCAAGGAUACCAUUUUUGCUGUGGACAAUUUACAUUGGAGGAACCACAAAUCCUGUUCUAAAGUCUACCACCCUAAACAUCUUCCAGCUUUACUUGGAAUAAAUACCCAAAUGGUGGAGCAAAAUAACGCCAAGUUAAGGAAGCUUAAAAGCCAACUGUCUUAUAUGAACCAUGGGAACUUCAUAAAUCAUCUAAUUUUUUUCUUUGGCGCUGUAAUAAGAAACUUCUGGAUAAGAACUAAUUAUAGUAUAAUUGUACAAUCCAGAGAACUUGGUCAUGAUGGUGAUAAGAUGUUUAUGAGGAACAAACUAUUACCAUGGUUAACCCAACAUUUGCGGUACCUAUAAUUCACACACAGUUGUGUGGUACGCAAAGACAAUGGUAAAUUAUUUGAUUGCAUUGGGGAAGUUUCUGAGAACUCGUAGGACAAACUAUAGGGUUGUGGUCAAGAUCAAAAGACAUGUGCUUUUUCGUCGCUGAAUUUUAUUUCCCUGAAUAUUGAUGGUUUAAAGAAACUUGUAAAUACAUAUUUUGGAAAAACAUUUUAUUUGAAAUUUACAGUCGAUUUGAUGACGAGUUCACAUAUUUACUGCUGGGUUAAAAACAUUUCUCUAACACAAGAGAAUGGAAGGGUAAAGGGUAUUGGAACAGUAGUUGAUGGUAUAUUGGUGUAUAUUAACAAACACAUUGGUGAGUUUUUCAUUAUAAUCCACAGUCAUUUAAGUAUAGUGUUUACUUCAUUGUAAAUAUAGAGACAGGCACAUUUAGCAGGGAUACACUUUUUUGCUUCGUCUAUAUACCACCAGAAAACUCCUGGUAUUACAAUGGUAUGUCCGAGACAAGAUGGCAUGGUAUUGACACUUUAGCUGCAAAUUAGGUUAAAAUUUCCUUUCAGUUCGACGAAGUACAUUUUUUUCUCAGCAGGUGAUCUGAAUGCCGGGUUGGCACAGAAAAAGAUUUAAUAUUAGAUGAUGACACUAGAUUUUUUUAUGAAAAUGAUUGGUUUAAUCAACAUAUAAAAGGGCGGCAUUCUAUCAAAAUCGUCUUUUCCCCAAAGUGUCAGCAAACAAUGACUCUACAG